UAGAGCAGUUCUGAUUUCCCGCUCACCACCUUCCUCCAAACCCUAAACGCCGCAAGAACCUUCUUCCUCCAGUCGACAGUCCUUCUUUGUAUCUAUUCAUCUCUCUAUCCUUCUUAUCUCUACCAUGGAGAAGUUACACCCUGCUGCAACAGUCACCAAGAUCAAUAAUUUUAUUCCAAUCAUUCUAGAGAUGGAAAACGCUAAAUAUGCGUCAUGGGCGGAACUAUUCAAAAUUCAUUGUCAGGUGUUUCAAGCAAUCAAUCACAUCCUUCCAAACGAGGCGCCAACUCUGGAAAAACCAACCUCUGGAACAGAUGCUGCCAAAGACAAAACAACCACAUCUACACAUGAUGCUUCUUGGUCAAGAGUAGAUGCUAUAGUACUUCAAUGGAUUUAUGGUACAAUUUCUACUGACUUACUUCACACCAUACUCAAGCCAGGUUCCACAGCCGCUCAAGCAUGGACUAUCCUAGCCAAUAUAUUUCAGGACAAUGCUAACUCCAGGGCUCUCUUCCUUCAAACCAAACUGACAAAUACAAAACUAGCAUCCUUUCCAAACGUGAGUGCUUACUGUCAAGAAAUUAAAGUAUUGGCAGAUCAAUUAGCCAAUGUUAAUGCCCUUGUACCUGGUCAAACUCUUGUUCUCCAUCUCAUUACCGGACUCACAGACGAGUUUGAUGGAGUAGCAACUUUUCUACAACAGCAAGACCCUCUUCCGGAUUUCUAUACAACCCGAUCCAAACUUAUUAUGGAAGAGGCCAGAAAAGCGAAUCAGAUCAGCCCUAACACAUCAUUCUUAGCUGCUACUAGACCCUUUACCGCCACCAGACAACAUCUAACUGCUACUGUUCUUCACACCGCUGCUAGAUAAUCACCAUCACAGCAACCUGCUUCCGAUUCUCAGCAUAAGCAUCAGCAUGACAGAGGAUAUUCUGAAUCAACACCUUGUGGACGCGGCAGAGGCAGUCGAGGUCGCGGAUGCGGUCGGGGUCGAAGUGGCAACUUUCAUGUUCAUCAUUUUUAUUCGCAUCAGUGGAAUUCUAAUCCAUAUCAAAAUUGGCAGCAAUGGUCUCCUCGACCAUGCCCCUAUCCGACCACACCUCCUUCUCAUCCUCUACGCCCUGGUACACCCGGCUCGGGUAUUCUUGGUGCUCCUCCUGCUCAUGCGUAUGCUGCUUCAGAAAGUUAUUAUACGCCCACCAACAUUGCGCAAGCCUUGCACACUAUGACCUUGAACCCAGAUCAAAACUGGUAUCUCGACACCGGGGCUACAAAUCACAUGACUCAUUCGACAGGACUUACAGACCAAGAUUCCUAUCCUCUGAUGUGAUAGCACCGGAGACUUCUACCUGCUCUCUCUACCAACAGCUCGUACCAGUCCUUUCACUUUUGCAGCUCUUUCUCAAGACUUAUGGCAUCGACGUCUAGGCCAUCUUGGCGUUUCUUUAUUACAUAUUUUGAAUAAGCAUAAGUCUAUCUCUGUUUCUAAAUUUUCAGAUUCAAAAAUAUGUCAAUCUUAUGUUUUUGGGAAACAUAUUAAAUUGCCAUUUAACGACUCCUUGUCUACUACAAUGCUCCCAUUUGAUAUUAUACAUAGUGAUUUGUGGACCUCCCCAAUUCUUAGCUUGGGUGGUCAUAGAUAUUAUAGAUUG